AUUUUUUGCCACCAGAAUGAGCCAAGACGAUGGAGCAGCGGAGGCGGAGGCGACGGUCCGAGUUCCGAUGAACAUUGCACUUGUCAAGUAUUGGGGAAAACGAGAUGAUCUACUCAUUCUGCCGCUCAAUGAUUCGAUUUCACUGACCGUGGAUCGGCUGACGGCGGAGACGACAAUUCGGAUGGUUCCUGGAGUUGGGAAGCAUACGGUAGAAAUAAAUGGAAAAUCAGUGGAACUGAGCUCCAACAAACGAUACCAAACAGUCUUCGAUGAGGCUCUCCGACUUCAGAGGAAACGAAAAGAAGCAGAAGCAUCAUCGGCGGAUUCAAAUGGAAAUGAUCCUCCGCCGAUCUUCUACCAUUUCCACGUCACCUCGACUACGAAUUUUCCGGUUGCAGCUGGGCUGGCAUCCUCGGCCGCCGGAUUUGCUGCAAUUGCAUUGGCAAUUCAACGGAUUCUACGACUAGAUGAUUCUCAAGCGAAUCGGCUCGCAAGAAUUGGAUCAGGAAGUGCCUGCCGGAGCAUGUAUGGAGGAUUGGUGCAUUGGAGGAAAGGGGAGAUGGAUGAUGGAUCGGAUUGUUUGGCUGUGAGAACAGAAGCCGCCGCCAACUGGGAAGAUCUCUACUGCAUAAUUCUAGUCUUCGACGAUGGCCGCAAAAAAGUGGGCUCCAGUGAAGGAAUGCGAAGAUCACGAGAAACAUCUCAACUUCUCAAGCAUCGCAUUGAAUCGAUAGUUCCUCAACGAAUCCAACAAAUCCAGGAAGCGUAUACUUCACGGAAUUUCGAGCAGCUCGCACGCGUCAUCAUGGCCGAUAGCAAUCAAUUCCACGCGGUUUGCAUGGAUUCUACGCCGCCAAUUCGGUAUUUGAAUGAAGCAUCGUGGCAGUUAAUCGACACAGUUGAAGAGUUUAAUAUUGGAGGAAUUCGAGCUGCUUAUACAUUUGACGCCGGUCCGAAUGCGUGUGUUAUUGUGCAAAAAGAAAAUGCGUCUCAAUUCCUGAAAGCUGUGCUCCAAACUAUCCAAGUCCCUUCAGAAGAUCUACAAGUCAUUGGAAAAGAGCUCGCCGAGCAAUUUGACGUCCCAGCGGAGCCGACGACGAAAUGCUCCAAAUUAAUUAUGAGCCCAAUGGGUGGCGGGCCUCAGGAAUAGGAAUCUUUUAUAAUUAUUGUUGUUCUUGUUGAAUUUUUAUUGUUUUUUAAAUAUAGAUAGAAUAUAUGAAUUAAUUUGAUAUU